GCUCCUGCACCAUCGUCGUCUCCUGCCUUUCCUGGCGGGAUCGGUCGCUUCGCUUGACAACGCUUCCAUGUGCGCCUGCUUUGCUUUGCUCCGCGAUGGUUGCGCGCUGCUCGAUCUCCUCUUCCUCAGUCAUAGCGCGGUCUGAUCUCGCGAGGGUACGACAGUGGACAGAACUUAAACCACGCAUUCUGCCGGGCUGCAGCUCAGCGCUUGUAGGGCCUUCCGUGACGGACCUGACUGUGAGUACUAUUUGCACGUCUCGAGAUGCAUGUCAAAGCAAGUGCCCGUCUUCGUUCCCGCCUUGCCUCCUGGUCGACACGAUCCGUCCACUCGUUGCGGUCUCGAAGCCCUUGGCUGCGAUUGCGCGUCAGCGCAUAUUUGCAAUCAAGUGAGACGCCCCAAGCGCAAGAAGCAGUUGCGACUGCUGUUUUGCCUUGCUGGGCUCUCUUGCAAAGGGAGAUCGCAGCUUGUUUACAUGAAGUCGAUCAGCCACGCGGUCCGAGCUCUCACACAAUCGGCACUUGGUGCCUGGUCGUUGCUCGGAGCCUCUGCGAAUGCUUCCCGGGCAUGGGCUUGUGGAUUGGCACUGAGAGCUGCUCUGAAAGGGCCAUCCACGAUGGUCACAUUGCAUUGCUGCAGCAGUCAAGUGUUUGCGUCCUCUGGCAGCCACGGCGGAUGGUCCCCGCUGCACUCAUCAGCACAGCAGGCGUCCGAGGUCAUCUGCGCAAUCCAGACUUGACGUUGGCUGCCAGAGUCAGAGUCGUGCUCCCAUCCACUUCUGCCAUGAUCGGACCCGAGCAGUGCGGGCUUGCCCCGGAUGAUUCGUCACUGCUUGCAAAAGCCUCUUCAUCCUCAUCGAGAAAGUCGAACCACUUUUGCGAAUCUCCCUCGACCACCACGUCGUGCCCGGCUCGUAGAGCUCUCGUCCAUCGCCUCCGGCUCCAUCAGCGCGUAAUGGCUUCUCCAGCGCUACGAGUCUCCUCUGUCUGGCCUUGCCCUGGUUCAAGACAGACAUUCGCGAGACACUUCACGCUUUCGCGAGACACUUCACGCUUUGCCCUCGGAGGUCAAGCCUCCAAGAUCCAUCUGGCUUGUGGUUACGCAGUUUUGGUGCCGCAUCAUCGCACCGCUCUCAUGCCACAAGAUGGCUAUCUGCAACGGACUGGAUGGCUUUGACGCCACCGAGAUGAUGCCUCUGCUGACGCUCAUCUUUCUCACUGGUUGGGCGAUCUGGAAACAGAGCCGGACCAUAACAAGCCGUCGCAGGUCUCGCAUUUGGCCUGCAAAGCAUUUCAGUCAAGUAUCUGCUUGACCUCUCGCAACGACCUCAAAGUCUGUCGCGAGCACAUCA